CAUGGGGAGUAAAAUGUCCUUCAGCAGAGGAAGCAGUGACCAAAAUACACUCUCUGAGUUAACUUCUGUGGCACCUCAACCUCGCAGUUCCAAUCAUGCCUCUUCGGACUGCAAGCAGAUACCCGAAGGUAAGACAUGCAGUGAGGGAGACGUGGACUCCAGGCGGGGAGAUAAAAUGAAAGGGACGCCGUUGAAACAGCCUGGGAGCCGGGAGUCUGAUGUUCAUGUCAGCUCUGAAAGCGCUGGUGAGAGAAACUGUCAGCGCAGUGAGGCAGUGCCCUCGCAGGCAGAGGUGGAAGCAAAAUCUCUGACUCCUGCUAGCGUGUGCAGCUCUGCAACAGACAGCCAAGGGAAGCCCGUGAUCAUCCACAAGAAACGUGGGAGACCCCGUAAAAUCAAACCAGCCCCGACUGAAGACAAAAGAGGUCCAGAUGCUGCAGAUGCUGUUCAGCAUAAGGAAGUUAGCACCACCAUACCUUUGCCAGCAAGUGUGGAAAACCACAACAGUGACGAUUUGCCUUACGCUGUGGAUAGUAAGUUAAUAAAUAGUGCGACUCAUAAUGAGAUGCCCGCUCCUCAGCCUGUCCUGGAUAACAACGUACAAGUCGCUGCUCCUUUGCUGCCAAAAAGAAGACCAGGAAGGCCAAGAAAAUCAGAAAUGGCAGCUUUUCAAAACCAGGUUUCUAUGGCUGCUCCUGGUUCUCAUGCUAAUAAGUUUAGCAGUCCUGCACGAACACUGAGGAGUAGGGUGGAGCAACCUACUUUGAUGCAGGAUGAUAAGUUAGAAUCUCAUAGCAAGAAGGACAAGGAGGAUCUAAAACAAACUGAAGCGGGGACUACAGAAAGUACUCGUACAUCCAACUCUAAAGGUGUGAAGAGACGAAGGACUAAGUUGCAAAUUGAUCAGCAACUUCCAGCAAAAGUGUCCAAGCUGGAUGAAUCCCAGGAGGCCUUGCUGACUUUGAGCACUGAUAUAGACUGCGGAAAAAGCACAGAGACAGAAAAACAGGUGGACACUGACAAACAUGAGACUGAUUCAGAUGUGAGGGAUGCUCAGCUCCCACUGCAUUCUGGGGAAGGACUAGAGCAGGAGAAGCAACAAGACAAAACUGCAUUACCAAAAGCAGAGGUGAAUUCCCAGCCUGAGCCUGAAGCUAUUCCUUCAGACAGCUUGAAAGAAUCUGAUUUGCCAAACCCAACUCAGACUGAUAACCUUAAAGUAAAUCAGUCAUUGGACAUAAAUGGCAGCGAGGAGUCACCAUCAGAAACACCAGACUUCUCAGAGUCUCCAGCAGAUGCAGAGCUGCCAAAGCCCUCUAGCACAGAUACCCUGACUCCCCCUGAGCAAACGCGGACAUCUAUUGGGGCACCGUUUGCUGUCAAAGCUGAGAAUUUAGAGCUGGAGCAUUUAAAACCUGCGCCCAGGUCAAAUAGCCCCAAUUCUUCCCAGCACAGCACCACUCCCUUAGUUAAAUCUGAGGUUCCAAAUGUUGUUUUUCGACGCAAGAGAGGUGGUAAGAGGAGGAGGAUGGUAAACAAGGUUUUAUUACCAAGAGAGCGUCUUGUAGAGAACCACGAAGCGGGUAGUGACACCCAACCAAAAACAAACUGCAGUGAUGAGGAAAAGGAAGCUAACGCCAGUGUUGGCGAAAAUGUCAUCUAUACUAAAAAGGGGGGUAAAACCCUGUUGAAAUGUGGUUACUGUGGUCGUAGUUUUAAGUUUCUGUCUCAGUUCGUCAUCCAUCAACGCAUUCAUACAGGAGAGAGGCCGUUCAAGUGUUCAGAGUGUGGCAAGGGUUUUAGCAAAAACUCUAACUUAAAUCUUCAUCUCAAGACCCACAGAAAGAGCAACAUAUAUCAGAAGUGCCCAUAUUGCAAGAUUAAAUUCUCUUGCUCUGAGUACGCUGCACAUAUGGAAAUGCACGCACACGAGCUGAACGAGGAGUGUAAGAACAGCAAGGCUGAGGAACAGAGCAGAGAACCAGCAGAGGAAAGCAGCAGGGAGCUGCAACGAGCAGUGGAAAAAAGAGAGAAAAAAGUCUGCCAGUACUGUGGCAAAUCAUUCCCAUUUCAGUCGGCGCUCAUAAGACACGUCCGAGUCCACACAGGAGAGAAGCCUUAUAAGUGCGACAUCUGUGGCAAAGCUUUCGGGCAGGCCUAUUUCCUCCGUGUUCACGAGCUCACGCAUUGGUCUGUGAAGCGUUACAACUGCACCCAUUGUGAAAAAUCAUUUACUCACUACAGCAAUGCAAAAAAUCACUCAUGUAGACCUUUGGGAAGCGAUGACAACGCGCAAGAACACAGACGCCCAAAGCCUUCGCUAACGUACACAUGCCACAUCUGCAAGAAUGUUUUUGACCAUUUGCAGGAGUUCAACACCCACAUGCGAGAGCACACCGGCGCAAAGCUUUAUCGCUGCUUGUACUGCGACAAGCUGUUCGGUGUGCUGUCUGAAUUCAACGCCCAUCGCAGUCAGUGCAGCGUGGAAAAAAAUGCCUCCAGCUCUGCGAUUAAGGAGGAGGAGACUGUGUCGUUAAUUCAGUACACAGUGCCUGCACUCAGGUGCUCAUCGGCGCACAAUUCAGCUCUGGUGGCAGCUGCCAGCUGUGAAACACUGAAGAAACAGCCACAGAUCAUCCGCAAGAAACGCUCCAACAACUUGAAAAAACCGUUCCAGUCCACGGUCAUACCAGCUCACAGUCUCUCACACCUAGUGUCAAAGUUAAACAAAGUAGACAACAGAUCAGAUCCCAGGAGAUAUCUGUGCCCAAACUGUGGGCGACUCUUCAGACACAUGGGCAGGCUCAGAGCCCACAUGCUCACACACGCCCCAGGUCAAAGCUACACCUGUGCCUGCUGUGGUAAAACACUAGGAAGCUGGAAAAAGUUGUGGCACCAUCAGAGAAUUCAUCGUCACAGGGAUGGCCGCUUCACGUGUCCUCAGUGCGGGCAAGGUUUUCGGUUUGUAGAGCCUUACAAAAAGCACAUGAGUAAGCACCCAGAGUUCCAGUGGGUUCAAGUCAGGCCCAAGAAAGUGUUUCUGCCUUAUCAAUGCGAGCGCUGCAGGUGCAGCUUUAAAACUCUAGACAUGCUGUUUAGUCACCAGCUCUGCCAUUCCUCAACGCAAGACAUACGCAAAGACUCUGAUUUUGAUUUAUCAGUAGAUGAUCGCAAUGCACCGUCAAACACGAAAACGCUAAACCCUCCCACCAAUAAUGGCAUAGAAACAUUACGCCAGGCUUCUGAGGAAAUUAAAUCUCUCUCAGAUCCCUUAUCUAAAUAUCCAGACCCGGUUUUUCAAGAAUCAAUUGUGACUUCCUGUGUUCAAAGCCGGGAUCCUGAUUUGGGUAAUUCUUCUGAGCAUCCCAGCAGGGCAAACGUAGUGCAAGAUAAAGAGGCCAGUUGUGACAGUGUAGGUAAAAAUGGACUUGGAAAACCCAUUACCCCUUUAAGAACUGUGAAGAAACACGUGACUCAGAAUGCCAGCAUGUCAAAUGAAAAGCCUUCAGAUGGUGUGAGCUGUGCUGUGUGUGGAAGUUCCUACGCAGCCAUUUCAGACCUUUAUCAGCAUUAUUUGCAGCAUGCUAGAGGCCAGGUGUAAUGAUUUUAAAUCAAAAUACAUUUCAGUGGCCAUCGACGUUCUGUGCCCAUCACGUUUUUCCACUCUGGGGUCCUUGUAAUCCUGUAUUAAGCUACAUUUCCACACAAAUGUCCCAGGAAAUUUCAAGGCACAAAAAGCUUUCUUCAGACUGUUGGUCGUCUGCAUUUCCACCAUGAUUUAAAGAGCUGUGAAGAUUAGGCAAAUUAGACAUGCCACUAUAUUGCAGAUCACUACUUCAGCGUAGAGCACACUAAAAUGUUGAUGUUGUAAUGUGAAAUGAGGGAGGUGAGCGCGCAAUUCUUUGUCACUAAAUAGACAUGCAGUCAUCACAAAGUGGAUCCAAAAGGUUAGAUUGAACAUAUUUUGUGAGGUAUUGCAGCAUAUUGUGAUGUGAGUGAGAAGUGCAGUAGUUGCAGACGUGAACCGAAGCCCCAUUCACAGUAAUACCGCUUAGAAAGGAUGUUUUGUUAGGGUAAAUGGUAAAUGGCCUGCAUUUGUAUAGCGCUUUUCUAGUCCUU